CUGCUGUCAGGACUGCCCCGGAGCCAGCAGGAUAAGGUUAUCAAGAUACUACCACUCCAUUACACAUUCAUAUGCCUGCAACAUUGCCGCCAGCAGUCACACCACUGACGCCAGUAACAGUCGAUCCUUUUUGAAAUGUGAAGUCUUGCCAGCACCGUCCCCUCAUAAAGACGUCCUUCCUCCACCUCUUCUUUUCUCAACAGCCUAAUCGCACAACUAGCAAUCAUGCUCGCCGACAUCCUCACCGUUGCCCUCUUGGCUGGCAGUGCCCUUGCGCACGGCGACCACGAACACCAGUUGCCCAUUGCCGGGCCUCACAAGGCCUUGUGGUACAAUACCCUUCCAGGUGAUGGCGGAACUCAGGCCGACUCUGUUUUCUCUGGUAUCUCGACCUUCGGUCGUCUGCCAUACUUCCCAUGUUUGGCCUCGGACGACGUGAAGUAUGACAUUGCUUUCAUCGGUGCUCCAUUCGACACAGGAACCUCCUACCGACCAGGCGCUCGUUUCGGUCCUUCAGGGAUCCGUCAAGGUUCUCGCCGUCUCAAUUUAUACGGAGGUUACAACGUCCCGUUGGACACCAAUCCCUUCAACAGCUGGGCUACCGUCAUCGACUGCGGAGAUAUCCCAGUCACCUCAUACGACAACACAUGGGCUCUCCACCAGAUUGAAGAGGGGCACAACUCCAUCCUGUCUCGCGCGCCAGCGACCGACGCCAAGAAGAAGGGCCCAGCAAAGAACGGAAAGACACUUCCCCGAGUGAUCACCCUCGGCGGAGACCACACCAUCACCCUCCCCCUCCUCCGCUCCAUCAACCGUGCUUACGGUCCUGUCUCCGUCAUCCACUUCGACUCCCAUCUCGACACCUGGAAGCCCAAGGUCUUUGGUGGAGCCCCUAGCCAAGUGGCUAGCAUCAACCAUGGUACCUACUUCUACCACGCUGCGCAAGAAGGCCUGCUCGCCAACGACACCAACAUCCACGCCGGUAUCCGCACCACCCUGAGCGGGCCCAGCGACUACGAGAACGACGGAUACUGUGGCUUCGAGAUCGUGGAGGCCCGCGAGGUUGACACCAUCGGCCUGGACGGCAUCAUCAAGAAGAUCCGAGACCGCGUGGGGACCACUCGGCCCGUGUACCUCUCUCUCGACAUCGAUACUCUUGACCCAGCCUUCGCACCUGCGACCGGUACCCCCGAGACUGGCGGCUGGUCUACUCGCGAGCUCCGCACCAUCAUCCGUGGUCUGGAAGGCAUGAACAUCAUCGCUGCGGAUGUUGUUGAGGUGGCCCCGGCCUACGACACCAACGCCGAGCACACGACCAUGGCCGCAGCCGAUGCGCUGUACGAGAUCAUGUCUCUGAUGGUUAAGAAGGGACCGCUGAGCGCGACCAUCGACGAGGCUGAUGCCAAGGAUGAGAUGUAA